AUGUUAGCCUAUUGCUAUUCUGAAGAUGCUUUGGCAGCCUACUUCCCAUUUCUGCUGGGGCAUCAUGGGAAAAUGUCCAGUAAAAGUGGGUCCAGUUUUGGGCAAAAAGGGCUUUGCACCAAUAAAAUGGAUGAGGUAAUAUCUUUUAUUGGAACAACUUCUGUUGCUUCCUUUGGUCUCUACUUCCCUAGGAAAGAUUAUUCAGAGACUGUCUACAUUGAUCAGCCAGCGGGUACGCCGCUACUGCACAUCCGUGCCUUGAGGGAUUCACAUGGGGAGGUGGCCCACUUUCAGCUCUGCCAGCAGCUCUUUAUCUAUCGCGUUGGACCCUAUGAAAAUCAUUGGUUUCAAAUAAAAGAAAAAACCGGGAUUCUCUACCUCAAUAAGAGUCUGGAUAGAGGAGACUUCGAUAUCCUGUUUGGAAAAAAUUGGAUGUCAUUACCAAAGGUGACAUUUCAUGUCUACCUUUCACCCCAGCCCUUCCAAGGGAAGGAAUGUGAGACCCCCACUUCUGCCCUGGUGCAUCUCUCCAUCAUCAACGCCACUGUACCAACUUGCAAUGCUCUGAUGUCAAGGGAGCUUUGUUUCUCAGAAAUGGAUCUCUCCUUUCACAUCAAAGAGAAUAAACCACCUGGCACAUUUCAUCAACUUCAGUUACCCCCAAUACAUCACCUGUGCCAGAAUGUCAGCAUUUCCUACAAAUUACUAGCAGUUGAAGGGCUGCCUUUUCGCUACAAUGAGAACACCACAGGCGUAAGUGUUGUGCAGCGUUUGGAUCGGGAAGAAAGAGAGAGGUAUGAGCUGAUCGCCAAGUGUACAGUGAGAGAGGGCUCCAAGGAGAUGCAGGUCGAGGUGCCUUUCCUGGUCAAUGUGUUAGAUGAAGAUGACUCUGCCCCCUUCCUUCCCAAUGGCACUAGCAUGACGGAUGCUGUUGUGGAGUUCAACAGAAAAGAGGGAACUGUCCUAGCCACACUGACUGUGUGUGAUGCAGACACCACACCUAUUUUCCCCAUUGAAAGCAGCAGAAAGAAGUACACAGGCACCAUCAGUACAACUGAUCCAUGGAUUAGCGAAACAUUUCGGGUGGAUCACGUCUUCCACGAGAUCUAUUUCAGCCCCAAUGGCAGCCAAGUGAGGGGAACGCUGCAUGAAUACAAACUGAUGCUGAAUAAAAAUAUUUCAGUCACAGAGAACCGUUCCUUCCAGUUGGAUGUUUUGGUGAAUGACACAGAGUUUCAUGGCCCUGAAAGAUCUGUGAUGCUCCAUUUCAAUGUCUCCAUUCUUCCCGUCAGCAUUCAGUUCCCUAAUGUGACUUACCAGUUCACGGUGAACAGAAACGCUGAACGUUUUGCACAUAUAGGUAAAAUCUGCAUCGAAAACUGCAUGAAGUUCUGUGGAGUAAACAUCACCUACAGGUUGCUGUCUCCCAAUGCCAGCUGCUAUGCUGUAGGGAUACUUCAGGGCCGAGAGGACAAGUAUGGAAGCCUCUAUGUGAAUGACUCCUCUGUGCUACUCAGACCUGAAUGCAAAGAAAUUCAAUACACCAUUGUAGCCUCAGACAAGCAGAGUAAGAAGCAUGCCAAAACCCAGCUCACUAUUACGCUGGAAGGAACAAUUAUUAAGAAAGAAGAGGACUGCCCUGAAUCUUGCGCUGUUAAUAAGCACCGUGCUGAAUGUGAAGAGUGUGGUGGUGUAGGAGUGCUAACAGGAAAAUGCCAGUGGAGACAGGGAAGUGGAAAAGGAAUCACCACAAAUUAUUCUACCUGCACCCCAAGCAUCAGGACUUGUCCAGAUGGCACCUGUGACAUUAUAGAGAGCAAAGAUCCAGCGGUGUGCCCCCAAGAUUGCACAAAUGGAAACAUCAUUGGUGGUCAUGAGAGAGGCGCUCAUGGAAUUAAAUCAGGACAUGGGAUUUGUUACUGCUUCCCAAGACAAAACUGUUACUGUGAGAAAGAUGAUAUUAAAGAGCCGCUGUGUGAUGACGUGUGCAAGACUGUGAUUGCAGGGGCAGUUCUGCUCUCCUUCAUUAUCUCAGUGCUGCUCUCUUCUUAUUUCAUCCACCGUUACCACAAGAAUUCUCCAAAACCACCGAUUGCCUCAGCGGAGAUGACCUUUCGGCGCCCAGCCCAGUCCUACCCCAUCAGUUACUCUUCCACAAAUGUCCGUCGGCCAUCUCUGGACUCUGUGGAGAACCAGGUGCCUGUUGACACCUUUAAAAUACCUGAGGACCCCAAAUGGGAAUUCCCCCGGAAGAACCUGGUUCUAGGCAAGACACUAGGAGAAGGAGAAUUUGGAAAGGUCGUCAAGGCAACAGCGUUCAGACUCAAGGGGAAAGCAGGCUACACUACGGUGGCAGUGAAAAUGCUCAAAGAAAACGCUUCCCAGAGUGAGCUGCGAGAUCUGCUGUCAGAGUUCAACCUCUUGAAACAGGUCAACCACCCUCAUGUCAUCAAACUGUAUGGAGCGUGCAGUCAGGAUGGGCCUCUGUAUUUAAUUGUGGAAUAUGCGAAGUAUGGUUCCUUGCGCAGUUUUCUCAGGGAAAGUCGGAAAGUAGGACCUAGCUAUGUGGGCAGUGAUGCCAACAGAAAUUCAAGCUACUUGGACAACCCAGAUGAGAGAGCCUUAACAAUGGGAGAUCUGAUCUCAUUUGCAUGGCAGAUAUCUCGGGGGAUGCAGUACCUGGCAGAAAUGAAGCUUGUUCAUCGUGAUUUAGCAGCCAGAAAUGUAUUGGUGGCAGAAGGACGCAAAAUGAAGAUUUCUGAUUUUGGCUUGUCCCGAGAUGUUUAUGAAGAGGAUUCCUAUGUCAAGAGAAGCAAGGGUCGAAUACCUGUUAAAUGGAUGGCAAUAGAAUCCCUAUUUGAUCAUAUCUAUACAACACAAAGUGAUGUCUGGUCAUUUGGAGUUCUGCUAUGGGAGAUUGUAACCCUGGGAGGUAACCCUUAUCCUGGAAUUGCUCCUGAAAGACUCUUUAACCUCCUGAAAACUGGCUAUAGAAUGGAGAGACCUGAAAACUGCAGUGAAGAAAUGUAUAACUUGAUGCUGCGAUGCUGGAAACAGGAACCAGAUAAGAGGCCAACAUUUGCUGACAUCAGCAAAGAACUGGAGAAAAUGAUGGUGAAGAGUAGGGACUACUUAGAUCUUGCAGCUUCCACACCCUCUGACUCCUUACUUUAUGAUGACGGGCUCUCAGAAGAGGAGACACCACUCGUGGACUGCAUGUCAUACCCGAACUGGCCUGAGGAGAGCCCCGUUCCACUCACAAGAUUCGAUGGCACUAACUCUGUGUUUUCAAGAUAUGCAAAUGAUAGUGUAUAUGCUAACUGGAUGGUUUCACCCUCAGCGGCAAAAUUUAUGGACAAGUUUGAUAGUUAAAAAUUUCUUUGUGAAAGGUAAUGGACCCAUGAGGGGAGCAAACAUGCAAAGAAUGGAAAGUCCAUUGGCUUAUUCUUUGUACAAUUAAAACAGGUUAAACUAACAUUAA